UGCGGUACACGCGGGCGAAUGUUCCCUGUUUGGGUAGCAGCGGAGGCCCGAGUGUAUUAUAAUGUACUUACAGUACGCACUUACCUUCCAGGCUCCAAGUCAUCGCCAGGGCCUGCACUGUUCGGACGGAACUGAAGAUUACUUAAAUUCGAUGCCGUUACUUAUGCGUUUUAAUUGUAUCUCAUAUUCUCCUUGGGUAAUUCGGAAUUUAUACAGGUGAUGUUGAUUAAUGUUCACUAAUGAGCCUGCGUGAUGUUUUUCACUCUUGUGGCAUGCUGCUGGAUGGCACCGGACGGAGAGUAAUUGAGGAUUGCUGAUGAUCUGAAGUGUCCAUUUCCACAAAUGCCUCCUCCCGUGCAGCCUGCCAACGCUCGCACGGAUAUACCACUGACAACCAUAAAAUCACCAAUUCGUGCGGAGCUGGAGAAACUGCGCCAGGAAGGACUGUGGGACAGGAUUUUGGAAUUGGCGUCGGAAAAUCAAAAGGCACACCACUCAUCCUUCGAUCCUGUUGUGAGCUUCUAUCAAGCCGAAGCGAGAUUAGAGCAAAUUGUGGAUUUCCUCCGCGCGCAGCAGUUGACUGUGGUUCCGGAUGAGUCUAAAAAAGCUUUAGUUGAAGUGAAGAAUCUCUUCACACAGUUGCUAAAAACUCCGUUGCCUACGGAGACGGUACGCUUGGGAUGGUUUCUUCUGGGGAAAACGUACUUCCUACUGGAUGAUUUCAAGCAGUGUAAUAUCAGCCUGGAUAAAGGAUACAUUAGCGACAUCGACAUUUCCCAUGAGACCAAUCGGCGCAACCUGAAAACUAUAGCCGAAGGGUUUUGCUUGAAAGGGUGUUGUUUGUGGAAGAAUGCGACAGCGCUGACGACCAACGGUAAAGUGAAGCGAGAAGAAGUGGAGCGUAUAAUGAGCAAUUUCGAGAUUGCCAAUGAUCUGAGCUUGUCCUGCGGACAAAUGGAUAUCUCCGUGCGGGAAUCGCUCGGCCUUACCGGUGAUCUGACACCAUUUCAGCUCGGUGAUCUUCUGGAAAGUGCACUGAAAAGAACGCCCAAUAUGUACGCAAAACAUGGAAUGUUGUCCAAUGCACUGAUUCGCUUCCGAGAGUCACUGCGGGCUAUGGAGAGCCCCAGCACCCGCAAAGUGCGGCUAACAUUGGCCCGCCAGUUAUUGGAGAUGCUGCUGCGGGGCUAUCUGGGCAUUCAUUAUAUUGGGCCCCGUUCCACUGAGCGCAAAUAUUCAACGGGUGCUGCCGGUACAUCCGCCGCUCCUCGUCCCAAAAAGUACCUCCUCAACGGCAGUUUCAUCCCGUUGGCCAUAUUAGAAGAGAUUGUACUGCUUCUGUAUAUCUGCGAAGCCAUAAUCGUUCGUGAUUUGGCCAGUCGCCCAUUGGAAGAUCCGAUUUCGAAAAAAUUGGUACUGAUGAGUGCCACGGCAGUGGGUGACCUAGGAACAAUUGCCUUCAGCCGACUGCACCACAUUUCGUUGGGAAUACCGUUUUUGGAACGAGCGGCGAAAUCCUGCCCAAAUUCACAGCACAUCUGGCGGCAGUUCGCUAUGAGUCUGAUUGUGAAAAAUGAUUUCGGCAAGGCGCUUCAUGUUAUUGAACAGUUUUUUCGGUUCAUGCCAAAAGACCGAACACUAUUAGUUUUCGCGUCAAAAAUCUGUUUAGAUAAUUUAUCAUUGUUGGACCGGGGAAUUUUUUAUGCCGAAGAAAUGGCGAAAUUGCCCGAGAAAUCACGGCAUACUGGGCGAGCUCGUAUGGUGCUGGGAGUGGCGCAUUCGCUGAAAGCCCUGAGAGCCCGUGAUAUCGAGCAGGAAGCCCUGGCGCGAGGUAAAGCGAUUAGUUAUCUCCUUCAGGCGGAGGCUGAAGAUCCCGGUGAUUACUUGAUUCAUUACCAUUUGGCUCUGGAGUACUGUAUGGAUCGUAGGAUGGAUGAUGCAUUUCGCCAGAUUAAAAAGUGCCUGAGAAUGAAUAUGGAUUACCUGCCGGCUCAUCAUUUGUUGGCUCUCAUACUGUCAUGCUCUCAUCGUUAUGAAGACGCUUUAUCGGUCCUGGAGAAAUGUGAAAUAGAAUUCUCCGAAGACGUGGAAAUCGAAUUAACCAAAAUACGACUGCAGGCGAAAAUUCAAGGUGCAGAAAACGCCUUGAAAUCUUGUCGGCAUUUAUUGUGGUCUUGGAAGGCCGUGUAUGAAAAGGACCUGCGAGAGGCUGAAAGGGAACGAAUGCGCACAACUAGUCCCGAAGUGCCGUAUCCAGUAUCUCCCUUGGCGUAUAAUGCUCAAUUUUCCCCGCUUCCGUUGACUUUUCCCAACAACAGUCUGACUGUAGCCAAUCCAAAAAUUUCCCCUUCCGGACCGGGAGGAGGAAGUGUUGACCGCGCCGAUACGCUUUCAUAUCGGGCCGAAUCGGGCAUGACGUUACCGCGUGGUGAGGGUACUAUUUCCGAAAUGGCAUCUACCACUGGAAGUUAUCUGGCAAAGGCCAACGCACAGCGUGCAUUUUCCAGUCAGCUGCAUAUAUGGGUUCUGAUGGCAGAGUUGUAUUUGUCACUGGAUCAGCCGGAUAAUGCAGUUGACUGUUUGUCGGAGGCUGCUAUGGCGGGUCCACCUUCGUUUCUCGUUUUCUACUUACAGGGAAGUGUGUUGUUGAGAACAAAGGGACCAUGCGCGGAAGCACGGCGGUUUUUCGAAAACGCCCUCGCUGUGAAUCCGUGGCAUGCACCGUCGCAUAUCCAGAUCGGCUGGAUGUUGCGAAAGGAAGGAUACGAUGAUGAGGCUGAGCGGCACUUUAGGGAAGCCUUGCAGGGCGACUCCACUUGCUUUGAAGCCUGGGCAGCUCUAGGCGAAUUGUAUUUCGAGAAGGGAAACGACGAAAUGGCCAUGGAAUAUUUGGACCGCGCACGAAGAAUGGAAAUGUCGCAACCGAUUCAGCCCUUUCAUAGUUUUUCUCGGUGCAUAUCGUAUUGAUAAAGACAUAUAAACCCUUCGGUUUGUGUUCAUCACAGGUCGUGUACAGCGGAAAUCGGAGGUUUUCUUGCAUAUUUCCGUGGAGCUGUUGCUUAACUGUAGUUGUAUUCAGUUUUCCGCUAAGUAGGCCUAACAUCCGAUGCGCAUGUGUCCUGAAUUUACUGGUGAAUGUUUUUGUGAUGUACGCAAGACGGGAAUUUGUUCCUGGCUGAUUUACUAGCAUUCCUGUAUAAUCUGCAGCUUCACAAAUGAGUUACGAAGUAAAAGUAU